CUUGACUCCAGCACAUGCACUCUUUUUCUUAGAUCCGUUGGCGGAGCUCGAAGAGGCAUCUCUUCGGUCCCUUCUGCCAGCGGGCGGAGCAAAAUGGCAACGUACAUUCUGUGGCCGCGGAAAAAACCUGUAUGACAAUACACUCCCUGACCUGGUGCCAGAACAUGUUGGAGCCUCGGAUGUUGGCGACGUCGCCUGCGCAAGCAGGAGGUCGUUUCCACUCGUCUCGGUUAUCUACUUCUCGACCCGCCUUGACUGGGCUUUUGCUUCUUGCCAUCAGCACCACGACCAGCGCCGUUCGCAUUCCGGGCUCGCUCGGUGGGGGCGGCGUCGACAUUUCCCUGCAGGCGUCCCUCGACUUUGAUGACUUUGAGCAGCGUCUGCGCUCCGCCCGGCUGAAGCUAGCUUUCUCCUCCGUUGACACGAUAGAGAGCAACAAGAAUCACAAUCAGCACAACGCUACCAGACCAAGACGGCAGCGUUUGGUCGCGAGUACGGAGCUGACUUGUGGUGGGCAAACGGCCGCAGCUUCGUUUCAACAGGCGCAAGAACAGAGCAAAGUUCUGAACAACCAGAGAAAGCAGAAAGUGAGCUGGAUCCAAUCCUUGCUGCAGCAGGAUCCGAACCCGCUAGGGGUGAACAAAAAGGGCUGCUACAAACUCACCAACGAGACCGAUGUGGUUUACUCAUUGCCAAAACCGGUGCAGUCCCCGAAGGAGUGCGGCGAAGCGUGCGAAUCCGCGAGAAAUCUGCCCACGUAUGCGGUGAUUGGCGACGGGGGCAAGUCCUGCAAGUGCGCGCACGAGCUAGACUGGUCCGACAUUGGCUGGAGCGAAAAGUGUGAUCUGGACUGCUCCGAUGGCAGUGAGUGUGGGGGGAACGCGGGGUAUUCAACUGUGUACUGGUGGCACCGGUGCCCGGAUGACGACCCGUUGAACAACCGGUGUAAGUGCCCCCACGGGGAAGCGCCGACGGGCGGGGAGUGCCCGGAGGACGGCGCGCUCAGCUGCUUGCACUGCGACCGCGGAUUCGAGCUGAACGGCGAAACCUGCGAACCGGUGGAGUGUGUGUGCAAGUCCGGAAUCGCCACCGAGCAAAUGGACUGCCCCAAGCACGGUGCGCACCACUGCAAGGCCUGCUUUGAGGACGAGGGCUUUCACUUGAAUACCACGACGAACAAGUGCGACGGUAAAAAUGAAGAGAAAGAGAUGGUUAUUUCAAGUUCUCGUUUCAGUUUCUCGCUGCCAUCUUUUUGAUAACGUGUGCUACUUUGUCGCACCAUGUCAUGGUUGGUCCAAUUCCUUCGAAAAUUCUGCAAAACAGUGAACCAAUGUGUCUGUCCCGGCGGAGUGGGCACCAGUGGAACGGACUGUCCGAACCACGCAGAGGACCACAUUUGCGCCUCCUGUACCCACGAGGCGGGCUUCGUCAUGUCAACCGAGAAGGACACGAACGGCACCUGCAUCGAGCGCGUGUGCACGUGCGAAAACGGCAAAGGCGCACGGGGCGUGGAAUGCCCAACACACGGUGGGGAAUCUUGUGCCAGUUGUGACGAGGAAAAUGGGUUCAAACUCAACGGCGACGAGUGCGUGCCCCGGGAGUGCAAAUGCGCCAACGGCGAGGCGCCCACCGGGAAGGAGUGCCCGAAGGACGCGGAUGCGGGGGAAAGGGAGUUUUGCUCCUCGUGUUUUGAGGACCGGGGCUUCCACAUGAACAAAGAAACCGACAUCUGCGAGGUCAACCAGUGCACCUGCAAAAACGGAGAGGCCGCGAGUGGCCAACAGUGCAAAACGCACGGCUCGGAGUACUGUUUGGCAUGCGAGGAGAACGAAGGGUAUGAGUUGAUUCUGCACACGAAGCAGAACCCGAACCACAAGAAGGAAGAAGAUUUGAACACGUGUCAGCUGAAACAGUGCGUUUGUGGGAACGGCACGGCAGCAAUCGGCGCAGACUGUCCGUCGACGAACUCCACGAUGUGCACGAAGUGCAAACCCGGUUUCGAUUUGACCGACGACGGGCAGUGCAUUGAGCGGCGGUGCACCUGUCCGCAAGGCGAGGAGGCAAUCGGGACGGAUUGCCCGGUCAUGGGGGAACUGAAAUGCAUGAAGUGCACGCAGGAAGGGUUCCACCACAACAAGGAAGCCUUCACCUGCGACGUGAACAAGUGCACCUGCGACAUGGGAAGUCCCGCGGAGGGUGUCGCCUGCGAGAAGCACAACACCCCGAAGUGCAUCGCGUGCCACGCCGGACACACACUGCUGAACGACACGCACAGCUGCGUCGAGAACACGUGCACCUGCGGCAACGGAACGGCGGCGGUGAACACCGGGUGCCCGAAACACGAGUCCGCGUUCUGCAGCAGCUGCAACGAAGGCUACGACAUGGACGCGCAGAACAGCUGCAAUCUGAGGCACUGCAAGUGCGAAUUCGGCGAUAAUGCGUUUGGCAAAACGUGUCCAAAGGCGGGACAGGAGAAAUGUUUGCGGUGCACGGAAGAGGGUUUUCACAUGAACAAGCAGGACAUCUGCGUCGUGAACGAGUGCACCUGCGACAAGGGGAAGGCGGCGACAGGGGCUUUGUGCCCGGAGCACGGGAAGCCGAAAUGUACCAGUUGCAAGCCGGGCCACACGCUGAUCGGCGACGAGUGCGUGAAAAACCAGUGCACGUGUGAGAAUGGACAUGGCGCGGAGGGAAAAGCCUGCGGCAAGCAUAAGUCCCCGCUUUGUGCAACCUGCGACCCGGGUUUCGACCUGGAGCAGGGGGACUGUAAGAAGCGGAAGUGCGUCUGCGACCUCGGGGAACCGGCGGUUGGGACGACCUGUCCGAAGGCGGGGGACGAAAAGUGCGUGAAGUGCACAACAAAAGGGUAUCAUUUGAACACGACGACGCACAAAUGCGACUUGAACGAGUGCACGUGCAACAACGGCGCCGGCGCGAGUGGCGCGAACUGUACCGAACACCUCGCCCCGAAGUGCAUGAGCUGCCAGGACGGGUACGUUCUAAUCGACGACAAGUGCGUGGAAAAACAGUGCACUUGCGAACACGGCGCCGGGGAGAAGAACACGAAGUGCCCGGUCCACAAGGAGCCGCUCUGCGCCUCCUGCGACCCGGGCUACGAACUGGAAGACGGAAAAUGCGUCGAGCGCGUUUGCAGCUGUCCGAACGGCGUGCCGAAAAAGUUGACGGAGUGUCCGAAGGAGGCCUUUACCGCGAAAACGGAAACUUGUAAAAGCUGCAACGUCACGGCCGGCUACCACCUGGUCGGUGACAAGUGCGAAGUCCGGGAGUGCAUCUGCAACCACGGGGUCGGCACCAAGGGGGUGAAUUGCCCGUUGGACGGUGCGGAGGUUUGCGCGAGCUGCGACACGAAGGAGGGGUACAUUCUGAACAACAAGACGCAGAAGUGCGACUUGAAGCAGUGCACGUGCCAAUUUGGAAAGGGCGCCACUGGCACCGACUGCCACGCGAACGGGACGGAAAUGUGCGCGAAGUGCAACCCGGGCGCGGAGUUCAUGUUCGGGAUGGGCCCCCCGGGCUUCUGUGUGCAGAACGAGUGCUACUGCAACGGCGGGGAGCCGGCGACUGGCGUGGGCUGCCCCCACUUCGACGCGCAUGUCUGCGCUGCGUGCAACGAGGAAGAGGGUUACGCGCUGACCGACGAGAAGACCUGCGAGCAGAAGAAGUGCACUUGCGAAAACGGGCUUGGAGCGAUGGGCGCGGAGUGCGAGGAGCACGGAACCGCGAAGUGCAGCUCUUGCGACGGCGGAUUAUCCAGGAAAAAACACCCAUCCGCAUCCAAUUUGUCAUGCAAAACAUGCAUAAAAUUCACUACUUGUCAUGCAAAAAAUGGCUGGGGAUGGGUGUUUUUCCCUGGAUACGGGUUCGCGCUGGACAAGAAGACCCACACCUGCAAGCCGAAAGUGUGCGGGUGCGAGAACGGGAACGGCGCGGAGGGCAUGCACUGCCCGCACAACGGGGACGACGUGUGCGCUUCGUGCCACGCCGGGUUUCACCUGGAUCGCGACGCCUGCGUCGAGAACACCUGCAAUUGCGCGCACGGGAAGGGACCGACCGGGAAAAACUGUCCGAAGGACGGGGCGGACGUCUGCCUCCCCGAGGGGUGCUCGGUCGGAUACCACUUCGAAAACGGCAAGUGCGAGAAGAACGAAUGUUUCUGCCCGAAGCACGGCGAGCCCGCGAAGGGAGCCAUGUGCACGGAGCACGGCGCGCAGCAGUGCGCGCCGAACGGGUGCGACUACGGGUUCAGCUUUGACAGUAAAAAAAAGCUCUGCUCCAACUUCAUACCCGAGUACCAGGGGUGCUACGAGGAUAACGGCGACCGCGAUCUCCCAGCGCGGCUCGGCCCCUGGGUCGGCGGCAAGAGGAGAAAGCGGUGGGCGAAAGCGACCCCGGAAGCCUGCAACGUGUGGUGUCACAACUACGAGUUCUUCGCAGUGCAGGCGGGCGGGGAGUGUUGGUGCGGUAACGCGGUCGACUUUGCGAAAAAGCCGAAACACGAGUGCCAACCGUGUAAGCACGACGAGAGCUUGAUGUGUGGCAGUGGCUGGCGAAACAGUGUGUACAAGCACCAAGGUAAAUUGCUAUAAAUCAAUCUUCAUGUAUCGCUAUCACCACAUGCUUUUCACGAGCUUAUUGUUCGUAUUGCCUUUUGAUUGCCUGCCAAUCACGCUUCAUUUUCUUGGAAAUCGAUAUCGAGUCACAACUUCAGCCGACGUUUCCUUUGCCGGUUGCUUCAGCAAGGACAGCGCGAAGAGCCUGCAGAUCCACUCUGACAAGGACUACACUUUUGCGGCUUGCAGCGAAAAGUGCGCAACCACCACGUUCUUCGCCCUCCUAGACGGGAGGAAAUGCGCUUGCACCGACCGAACGGACGGCUACUCGAAGAUCUCCGAUGACCGGUGCAUGGAGUCCGCCUGCUUGUCCGCCGACAAGUCGGCCGUGAAAACCGCGGACGAGUGGAUGUGCGGGGGUGAGUCGGCUCUUUCCGUCUACAAGUACGCCGCCUCUGACCCGAAGUCCGAAUGUGGGAAGAAACAGUGGAAGUGCGCCGGCACCGUUGCGUACCAGUACGGUACGAACCAAGACGGGAAGGGGAAAUGCCCGGCGGGCACGACCCUUGCAAUCGUGGAGAGCAGCAGACAGCAACGGUUCGUAAAAAUGCUCGCCGGCCGCGAAGACGUGUUCAUCGGGGCGCACGACAAGUACACCGAGGGUGCGUGGUUCACGGCGGAUAAGAAUCAGUUGCUGAAAAAAUACCACAAGGCCAACUGGGCCCCCGGCGAGCCCAACGACUGGGGCGGCAAGGAGGACUGCGCCGUACUGCGCAAGGACAACACCUGGAACGACGACAAUUGUCAGAAUAUCAAGAGUGGAGACCGCUUUUUCGUCUGCAGUGCCCGAGAACCGAAGGACGUCAGCACACGGUGAUGUUGAAGCUGUGAUGUCGAUGUCAAAAAUGGCAAACGCGGCGAGCCAAAACUAUUUUCUUUUCCCACAUAGAAAGAGACACAUGAAUCGAUUCCGUUUUCUUUUCCAGCAUCAUCAUCAUGGUGUUGGCAUUAUAGGCUUACCUAAUACAUGGAAUGUUAGUUUACAGCAACACCAACAGACAAGAAGAGCAGUGUCCCCUAUUGCAGUGUCAGUGCCUGGCAAAAGGAAGGGGAAGUGCAAUUUUCUAGAGUCUUUUUCCAAUGCCUUCGUUCCGCAUGUUUUUCAAGACGUAGAUCUAGAGGAUCGUGUGGACUUUUUGGCAGUUUGGAUCACCCUUGUUAGUCUU